AUGCCAGCCAAAAGGAGAACUGCAGCAGGCGAUGCAGCAGGCGGGGAUAGUAGCAGCAGCAGAGCAUCAACCAGUAGAGAUACAGGUGGAGAUAUCCCAAUGAGUCCACAAACAGAUGACCCAGCGUACAAAUUGAAACGAAAAAAGAAUAAUGAGGCCGUGCAACGCACUAGGGAGAAGACGAAAAAAACCGCCGAGGAACGUAAAAUGCGCAUAGAGAAACUAAAGGAGGAGAACACCCAGCUCAAGGCGAAAAUUCAGCAAGAGAAAACACACAUUAAUACACUGCGAGAACUGAUCAUUAAGGGCGAAAAGGAUGAGAACCAAAACCGCAUAAUACAGGAAAUUCUCGGACGACCUGAAUCGGAUGACGAUGAUGAUUGAUUUAUUGACGGGCGGACGCACGGACCAAAGGAAUCCGCACCUUCUUUACAUUCAACAUUACAAUGACAAAUGAACAAUUUCUAUUAAUAUGCUUAAUAUUAUUCACAUAUUUUUAAGUCCACUUUGACCACACUUACCGUCAUAAACGUCCAGCUUAUCCAUGUGCAGGGCGAACACCUCAUCCAUUUUUACAGUCUAGUUUCUUCUUGUGUUUGUGGUUUUGAAUAAAUGUAAAAAUGUAUUGAUA